GCAGCACAGCAGAGCUGGGUGCAGGCACAGCUCAGUACAAGUAGUGCAGGCCUCCCAGUAGGAAUCAAGGCAGGAGCAGGAGACAAGGAGGUGGUGAUGGAAGUCCUUCAGGCAACAGCAAGGGAAUCCCAUCUGUUGCACUUAGGGGCUGGAGUCAUCACUCUGCUGUUGGCACUUGUGUCCUUGUGGUCCCUGCCCUUCUUUAAGACUUACUGCAGGCAAUGGUGGGUGUUGAAAGCAAUCCCAGAUGUCAUGCCCUGCUUUCCUUUCCUGGGACAUGCUCUAUUAAUGGAUCGCAAUGGAUCAGGUUUUUUUAAACAACUUCAAUAUUACAGUGAAGAGUUCAGAAGCUGGCCAUUGAUCAAACUUUGGGUAGGACCAUUGCCUUUCAUAGUUUUGUAUCACCCUGACGGUGUGGAGGCUAUUCUGAACAGUUCAAAACAUAUUGAAAAAUCAUACCUGUACAAAUUCCUGCAUCCAUGGCUGGGCACUGGACUUCUGACAAGCACUGGAGACAAAUGGCGGACACGAAGGAAGAUGAUAACUCCCACAUUCCACUUUUCAAUCUUAACUGAUUUUCUUGAGGUUAUGAAUGAACAAGGAAGUAUUUUGGUGGAGAAACUUGAGAAGCGUGUUGACCAGGAACCAUUUGAUAUCUUUCGAGACAUCACUCUAUGUGCCCUUGAUAUCAUCUGUGAAACGGCGAUGGGCAGGAAUGUGGAUGCUCAGAAGAAUAAGGAUUCUGAGUAUGUUAGCGCCGUCUACAGGAUGAGCGAUCUAAUCCAUGCGCGACAGAAGGCACCUUGGCUUUGGCCUGAUUUUCUCUAUACAAAGUUCAAAGAAGGAAAAGACCACGAGAAGAGCCUGAAGAUCCUUCACGAUUUUACAGAUACAGUUAUUGCAGAAAAAUCUGCAGAACGUUUAAACACCAAGGGAACAAAACAUAAUGCUGAUGGCAACUCUGAAGAAAGUGGCACCAAAAAGAGAAAAGCUUUCCUGGACAUGCUGUUGGAUGCAACAGAUGAUGAAGGGAACAAAUUGAGUCCAACGGAUAUUCGUGAGGAAGUGGAUACUUUCAUGUUUGAGGGCCAUGAUACAACAGCAGCUGCUAUGAACUGGGCCUUGUAUUUGCUUGGACAUAAUCCUGAAGUACAGAAAAAAGUUCACAGAGAACUGGACGAGGUGUUUGGCAACACCGAACGUCCGAUUACAAUGGAUGAUUUGAGGAAUCUUCGGUAUCUUGACUGUGUUGUGAAAGAAGUCCUUCGACUCUACCCUUCAGUUCCAAUCUUUGCCCGUACCUUGAGAGAGGAUUGCUGUAUUAGUGGGUAUGAGGUACCAAAAGGUGUAAAUGUUAUUGUCUUAACUUACGCCCUGCACAGAGAGCCUGAGAUAUUCCCUGACCCAGAGGAGUUCAGGCCUGAGCGAUUCUUCCCUGAAAACUCUAAGGGAAGGCACCCAUAUGCUUAUGUGCCCUUCUCAGCAGGUCCCAGGAACUGCAUUGGUCAGCGCUUUGCACAGAUGGAGGAGAAAACUCUUCUAGCCCUCAUCCUGAGGCGCUUCUGGGUGGAGUCAAAUCAAAAGCCAGAAGAUCUUGGCUUAGCUGGAGAACUGAUCCUUCGUCCAAAUAAUGGCAUCUGGGUUAAGCUGAAGAGGAGGCCAAAAGUUGAAAAAGAAUGAAAGGAACUGCAAAUUUGAUUUUUCCAAAACCUUCCAAUCUGUUUAGGCUGAGAUAUGUUUUUAAAUCAGAUAUUUUUUAUAGCAGUCCAAGAAUUAGUUGAAGCUCCAGUGCUUGCUGAUUGCAUCAUUAAAGAAGGUGUUGCAAUAGUCCUAAAUUGCUCUCCUUUCUAAUUCAUAUGAACUUUGUGUUCAAACAUUAAAUAUCAGUGUCUUAUCUACUACUAUCUUUCAAUUAUGGUAGUAACAACAGUAAUGUAUCUCAUGGGGUCACCUGCUUGUAUUCCACGUUUGCAUGGUAACUGAUAGUCUCGAACCUUCGUAUGGUUAUCAGGUUUCUUUGAUUCUGGAAAGUACAAGUGAUCAAUUCUUUCACUUAGCACAUUUAUUUUUCUUGUUCUGGGGAUGGGUUGUAAAAUGGGGUCUCAGGCUUGAGACCCUAGCAGUGCAGAGAUGACUCAUAGGGAGUUGUGUACAUAGCUUAGCCCUGAUUUGUCCAUAAACCAUAGACCAAACAGGGCAGUGCUGCAUUAUUCAGAGAACUGAAACCUGAGCUGAGGCUCCAAGUCCCUCAAAAAAUAGUAUGCCCUGAGUCUCAAUUCCAACCACUACUCAGCUGCAGAAGAAGAAUAAAGAGAAGCUAAGGGGGUUUCAGUAUCAGGUUCAGCCCACUACCCUGUGUAUACAGACUAUGAGAUCAGCAGAAGAGAAGUAACAAGAAGAGCACACAAGUGAACCCUAUCUGUGGUUAAAAAAAAAAAAGAUAAUGAGAAACUCUAUUACACUGUCAAAGAGAAACAUUUCCAGAUGGUAUCACCCACUCACGCAUAGUCUUGACCACAGUUGCAUAAAUCAGGGGAUAAAAGCCCUAAUACUUGGGUUAGGAAUGAGGGUUUGCUGCUCCAGUGCUACACCUUGCCUGUAUGGAGACCCUUCCCCCUUGGUCAGGACACCAGCUAAGGUCACUUUGCUGGGAUUGAGAGCCCUUACCUGGACAUGUGCAAAUAUAUUAACAUGCUGUAAAUUCAUAACCUCAGGUGAUUAACUGGGACACCUAUAACCUUUAGUGUGCUUUUCAGGUUGCUACAACAUAUUCUUGAUUUUAAGUUGUAAUAAUGCAUUCUUCAAAUGUAUCCAUGAAAACCUGUAAGAGUGCUGUAUCAGAGAUGUGUACCAAGGUCACAUAAAUUGUUUGCUUGGGCCUUGCAGUUAAACCUUCAA